GUUAUACUAUGCUUAUAUCACAGAACGCAAAUUUUCCGCGAUCGAUAUGCACCAUGGAGCACGGUUAUCUAGAUACGUUCGGCUCCCUCUGUCUGAAUGCAAUUGUAGUUUUGUGCUUAAUUUUGAGUUUCGACUCGUUUCAUGUGUGUCGGGCUCGGGCCGAUCCCAUCUUGUCGCGUAAUCUCGCGCCGCUCGGCGUUGUUUCGACGUAAACGAUAAUGACGGCGGUGCGAGGCUGCGCGAGAUACGUAGCUAGUGGAGCACGUCGCGUUUGCAAUGCCUGUGUGUAACCGGCACUUGCAGAUCUCGCACACUCUCGCCGGGAAGUAACGGACCGUCCGGACUGCGUUUUCCCCUCGUGAGACUCGAUAGAGAUUGUCAGCCGAUCUACUAAUCCAAAUACGUAUAUAUUCCAAAGUUUGCUUAGAGAAUGGAUUCUUUCGGAAGAGACAAGGAGACUGGCAGGGAGGAGAAGAUUGGGAAACUUGGUAUGGGACGUGGACAUCGCGUUUGGUCACAGACAGACAGCAUAGGCCUUAGGCGACCGCACGGUGCAUCAACCGCUAGUCAAUCCAGUAUAAAAUCCGACUCUUCGACGACUGCAGCAACGAUGCAGCACAGUCAGGAAGAAAAGAAAUUUACGCUAUCUCCGCAGGCUCCGGUAUUUUAUCCGAAAUCUCAGCCUAAGGCGUCGCAGUCUUCUGUAGCGCAGUCUCCCCCAGCAGAGCCUACCGUGUUUCAGUCUUCCGUUCCUCCUACCCACCAAUAUCCUCCAUAUCCACCAAGAAGCUCCAUACAAGACAGGCUCAGAAUGGCUCGUGAAACGCCACUGAAUGUGCACCCGUCAGUUCUGGAUAGCGCUCUUGAAGAUGCUUUGGAGCAGCAAUGCAAUAUACAAGAAUCGGACGUAGGAAAUUACAGCAAUUAUAAAUACGAUCAGAAUGAUGUGAGUAAUAGCAAGAGAGAGGAGAAGCAACAGAAUGACAAGGAAGAGGCUUACAACUUUGAAACUUACGAACAUCUCAACAACAUUAUCAACAUUUUAAUUGUCAAUCCUGCCGAGUUUGACAGUCUGGUUCCACCAUUUAUGGAUAAGCUUAGAUCGAGUGGAAACAUGCGCUGUCUGCAAUUGGUUGUGACAACCAUAAUCGAAUGGUCCAUAGCCGAAAGUAAUUUCCGUUACAAUGGAGCUCGGUUGUGUAAAUAUUUUGAUACCAGCUUAGAAGAUUCCAAAGAGCUGUACAUGUUUUCCAAAGAGCUAUUCAGGGAAUUGUUGUGCUUCCAAUGUAAAUGGGAGACUGGACUUCUCAAAUCCGAAUGGCUUAAUCAACCCGAGGAUAAGCGGGACCAACGGAAGUGCAAUGGACUGAUAUUGUUCUUAGCGGAGUUGGUUGCCCAAAUGGACGAAUCUUACGCUUUCAUUUUGGGAGAACUCUUGAUAUGGUUUAUUACUAAGGUGCUGCAGAGACCAGCGUCUAGCUCCGUCAAAUAUAUAUGCCAAGCGCUCAAAUUGGCGGGACACGUGUUGGAGAAAGACAAGAGCAGGAGCAAAGACAUGGAAAAUAUGAUGCGGGCGCUAACGGAACUUGUAAAUAACGGGCAGGUCGAUACACAUGUUGGAAAUAUGGUGAACAGCGUCCACGAGUUACGAAAGGAUUGGGGCAGAAGCAUGUCUAAUUGCGAUUCGUCUGGGGCGAGCAAUGCGUUAUUUAACGAGGUGCAGCGACAGCCCGACCAACUGGGCGCGUCUAAUUAUAAUUCAUCCGAAACCGACACUGUACCGUUGAAGUCACAGCAUCAAGUACUGCAGAAAGCGCAACUGGACCAGCCAGUGAUGUACGGUCCUGACGGCGAGAUUCUGUCAGCGGAGGAAAGUGAAUUUCUCGAGCAACACGCAAAAAUGGGUUCAGACGAUCAAGGGACGUCCGAGGAAGAACCCGAUGAUAAUUAUGACGAUGAAAUUGCGACCGCUUACGAAGAGUUCUUAAGAGAUACAAAGUGCAAAUAAAUUUCAAGAUAGAACGUAAUCACGCACGAGCAAGAUUGUACUCUGGCCCAAGUAUUUCGCUAUAAAUGCAAAUAUCACGUUUAAAGAUUUUAUGAUUUUCAAAGAGAUUCAAAGAGAUAGAUUGGAUUCAACUACGUGACAUUAAAUAUCAGAUAUCUGUAUCAUGAAAGGUAGGACGAAGAGCUAUUAAAUACAACGUAUUAAUCUGUGGGAAAAAAAUGCACCAGACACGAGCAAUUUUAAAUUCAUCUAGAUCCGCCGUGUACAUAAAUAGUAAUAUAUACGUGUAGCAUGCAGAGUGGUUUCACUUUGAGAUCGGAUACUUGAAUAAAUCCAUCCUGAAUGUAAGAAAGAUAUUAAGGACGAAACGCAUGACCGAAAAAGAAUCUAAUAUGCAGAAAGAUUGUUUUUUUUCAAAAUGUUUUCAGAGUAAUCAAGGUCAUGUAUGCACAUCUCUCUUCCGCUUGUAUUUUUCAGCUGAUAUUAAAAAAUGUAAAGUUACUUUAACGUUGUAGUAAGUAAUUCAUAUUAAAGUCUGCAAUAUAAAAAAAAUCGAUUGAAAAAUUUGGCGCAUAUUUACUUGGAAACCUAAAAAGAAUUGUUCAAGCGUUCUAUUUCCGACGAACAACUCUGUAUAUAGAUAUGUGUUCCAUAUGUCAAAUAUAUAUAUGUGUAUUUUGCAUUUAUUUGAAGUUAUAUGCAUAUGUGUAUUUGUACGAAGUUUCCUAAAUAUAUGACACGAGUUUUAUAUAA